AAGCACAAAAAAUAAAAAGUGUGAAAGAAAAACAGGAGACAGAAAGAGAAAAGAUGACAAUUGGCAAGAACUCCAGGAAAAGCUCUGCGCGGAGCUCCAUCCGGGCGCCAAAGUUCCUCGACAAAUCCAGCGGCUUCUACUGUCGCCUGGAUGAGCCUGAGGCCGUCGGAGAGGGAGAGGAGGUGAGGGUAGAAGAAGUAGAGGAGAUGUGUCACGAGAGGGGGGACAGCAGCAGCAGAGACGGGGGAGUCGUGGCGAGCAGCCCGAGCCCAAGUGCGGUGCACAUUUCAGGGGCAGAUGAGAGGGAGGAAGUCGAGGCGUUUGAUCUCAAUGAAGGGAUGAUGGAAGACGACGGGGAGACUCUCCUCCAAAGGACACCCAGCCGCCGCAGCAGCAGGUGGAGAAGGAGCUCCAGGAGGAAGCAGAAGGUGGAGAGAGGCGAGGAGGACCCGGCCCGGGAUGAUGGGCGCAGCUCGGGCACAGAGAGUCCAGUGGAACCACGCGCCCUGGAGGGCACCAGGGUGGUAGUUGAAGUGGAGACGGAGAAAGUGAAGAAGAUGGAGGAAGAGAAGGAGAAAGCAGGAAGAGGGAAGGAGCCCACGCUUCUUCACUUCUCGAUUCGGGAGGAUGCGGAUGACCGGGUCCUGAUCAGAGACAAUAAGAGGUGGAGAGAAGAGGAAGGAGAGGAGGAGAGGAGGAUGAAGAGGGAGCAAGAGGAGGGAAUGAAGGUGGUGAAGAGGAACACGGUGAAGAAUUACCGCAAGGCCUUGGACCGAGCCUUCCGUCGCGGCUGGGAGGCCUUCAUCACGAACCUCUACAGUGUCAAGCUCGCACCUGUGACAUCAUCAUCCUCACCGCCAUCUUCCUCACCGUCGUUGAAGAAGAAAGUGCAACACAACUCUGUGUUGGCUGAGUUUCAGUAGAGACUGGCGAGCUACAUGGACAAUCAAACUAACCCCUUUCUAAUAUUUAGUUGGAUCGAAUUGUGAUUAUGCAAAGUGGGCUGUCCUGCCUGAAUGACAUUUCUCACAGCAUCAGCUAUCACAGAGACCACAUGAUGCGAGUCAUACAUUAGGCCUCAGGAACAUUACUUAGUCAUGCAAGUUACUGAGUCUUAAUUGCUCAUCAUACAGUUUAUUGCCUUGUCUCAUGGUACACAUUAGUUUGCACACAGACAGCAGGGUUUCAGUUUUGCUGUUGCUUUUACGGUGAAGUCUAUGGGCUUGAAUGGAAAAGCCCUUCAUGUGACUGAGUUGAGCUGCUUCUGGUUCCCCUCUACGAUGUUGCCACUUUCAAAUUAGGUCUUAACAUCUCAGCUCCUUAAAUUCGGUCCACUGUCAAGAGCUUAGAGUACAAAUAGUCUUUGCAUCCUUUGGUUUGGCACUGUGAAACUACUAAAGUGUUGAUGUGCCACCAAAAGGAAUGGAAAAUGUACAACCGCAUGAGCAAUGACUGAUUAGUGGACUUUAGUUUUGGAGACAUUUCUGUAUCUUAAUCAGUGUCAUUUAUUGCUGCCUGACAGCUAAUCAGUAAUGAGAGACACGCACACACAGUGAAUCAGUAUUUAGACAUUGUGAUAGUGAUUAACGCACACAUUUUUCUAUCUGAAUAUUUUUUUUAAAUUGCAUUUUUUUUACCAAUGCUAAGAGAUUCAAACAGGGGGUUUGCCGCCUGUGUGCACAGAAAUACACAAGAGUACAACUUGUCAGUGUUCGACUUCCUCACUGUGUGUUCUGGUGAAGAUUAUAUAACCUGAAGGGACAAGCAGGAGAGUGUGUGCAAAUGAGAGAGAGAAAGAGAUAUUUUUUAUAGCCUGGUUAUAAAUCAACCUUUGUUUCGGUUGUUACCGUUGCAGCUGCACAUCAUGAAGAAAUUUUAGUGGCCUAAAACAUCACUAAUUGGCACUUUAAAGGUCAAAACAGAGUUAACUUCGGUACAUGCAUUCAACAUGCAACUGGUGGAAAGAAGACAUCAUAUAAGUAAUUCAGGAGAUUUUCAAUAUAUUAAUUAUUUACCCUUGUUACAAUGAAAAUAUAAUGUUUAUUGUAAUUCCCUGUUAUCCACUUUAUAUCAGAUUUGUAUAUUACCUCUUGCAAACUAGACUGAAUAGCUGAGAGAACUUGUUGUGGUUGUAUAUGAUUGUCUAAAAAUGUGUUAAUUUUCAUAAAAAUCCUUUUGUAUCCUAAUCAAAGCAUCUGAAGUCAUGGGACAUAACAACAAGCACUUUUCUGAAUAAAUAAAGACUUAAUUUAUUGUA